AUGGCACCUACAGACCACCCUUCAGCGGAAGAGUUGCUCAUAUGCGAGCCAGAAGGUGGCGCGCCGAAUGCCCCACCAGACCUCCGUUUCCUACACUACAAUGAUGUCUACCACGUUGAAGCGGGGUCCAGAGAGCCUGUUGGCGGAUAUGCGAGAUUCCAAACUCUCGUCAAUUACUACAGGGACGACGAGAGAUUCAAUGGUCAAACAAAACUAUUGACCUUCUUCUCGGGCGAUGCGUUUAACCCGAGCAUUGAGAGUAGUAUUACGAAGGGAAGCCACAUGGUCCCUGUGCUGAACAACAUUGGCACAGACGUCUCUUGCGUAGGAAACCACGAUCUCGACUUCGGUGUCAAACAGUAUCGGUAUCUCACAGCCAAAUGCAAGUUCCCAUGGCUCCUCGCAAACGUCCACGACCCAGCCCUCGGCGAAGGCGUCCCACUCGGAAACGCGAAGAAGACGGUCAUGCUCACAGCAUCCAACGGCAUCAAAGUCGGCGUGAUCGGACUCGCAGAACGGGAGUGGCUCGAUACAAUCAAUGCACUACCACCUGACAUCAUAUACAAGAGUGCGUCAGAGACUGCAAAGGAGCUUAUACCAGAAUUGAAGGAGCAGGGCGCAGAGAUCAUCGUUUGCGUGUCGCAUCAAAGAGAACCGAAUGAUAACAAGCUAGCAAAGCAAGUCGGUGGCGGCUUGAUUGACAUCAUCUUGGGCGGCCAUGACCACUACUACUCGUACAACUUUAUCAACGGCACACAAGUGUUGCGGUCCGGCACAGACUUCAAACAGCUGUCUCAUAUUGAGGCAUGGCGGAAACCCGAGGGCAAGGGAUGGGACUUCAAGAUCAUACGGCGAGACAUUGUGAGCAGUAUACCACAAGAUCCCAAGGCCAUGGAACUGGUAGAGGAACAGACACGAGAGAUCAGGAAGCGACUAGAUAAACCCAUCGGAUACACCGCUGCACCACUCGACGCCCGAUUUACCACUGUACGGACAAGAGAGUCAAAUAUUGGCAACUUUGUCUGCGAUCUCAUGCGGUACUAUUACUCGGCCGAGUGCUGUAUUAUGGCCGCGGGAACGAUACGUGGCGAUCAGAUCUAUCCUCCUGGUUUGUUGAAGCUUAGAGAUCUUGUCAAUUGCUUUCCAUUCGAAGACCCUGUUGUGGUACUAAAGGUCACGGGCAAGGCGAUACGCGAAGCAUUGGAGAAUGGUGUCAGCAACUAUCCAGCACUAGAAGGAAGAUUUCCGCAGGUAUCGAACAUCACCUUUGAGGCGGACUACUCAAAACCACCACAUUCGCGAGUAACAAACGUAACCAUUGGAGAGGAACCUGUAGACGAGGAGCGAGAGUAUGUACUUGCUACCAGGGGAUACAUGGGCCGUGGGAAAGAUGGCUACACAUCCCUCCUAAUCGAAGAAGAAGGCGGCGUCGCCAAAGAACUCGUAUCAGAAGAAAAUGGCGUCCUCAUCUCCACGAUCCUCCGCCAAUACUUCAUGUCGCUGAAGGUCCUGGGCAAAUGGAAACGCUGGGGCAAGUCGAUGAACAGCAAAUUCCUCUCCAUCCAAACGAACCUGCAAAAAAACCACGGCCACGCCUUCCACGACCCAUCCUCCACGUCCCCCACUCAGUCCCGCAGCAACAACAACAACGACAACGCUCCCGUGGAUCCAAACGUGAACAGAGUCAUGGGCGAAUCCAAUAAACGCGACAACAGCCCGCAAGACACGACCGAUUCAGAAGACCCAGAUGUCGACGAAGACGAAGAUGACGGGCCCAUGUACGAUAGUAGGGUGCCGAUACAGUUUACGGAUAAGCAAACGGAGAUGAUUAGACGGGUUAUGCGCAAGUGGUGGCGCGUCGCUGGACUCAAGGGGAAUCCGAAGCUGUGCGAUGAGUUGGGUGGAGGAGAGUUCCAGGUUAAUUGGACGAAGGCUAUUGCACCGAGGUUGGAGGGUAGGAUAAAGGAGAUUGGGCCGGGGGUUAAGAUUGAGGCGUGA